AUCGAUAGUUUAUACAAAUUGAGAAGUGAGUGGCUCGGCACGCAAGGGUGUACGUAUAUUUAAAUAUUAUAAAAUGAGCCAGUUCUCCACUUUCAAUGGCAACGACGAAGAUGAAAACGAAGCUGAGCAGAAAUAUGCACACCUUAUGAAUCUGGGAAAUGCAAACCACUCCGCUGUGGAAAACAGUUCAGGAAGAGCCGGUCGUUGCAAUUGGACGGACGAGGAGGUGGAUAUCUUUCUGGGAAUCAUACACCAACUGAAACUGCAAUCUCCACUGCGAAGGCCCCGCAACGAUAAGGUGUUUAAGGUGAUUUCACGGGAAAUGGCCAAACGAAGCUGUCCCAAGAGCCCAAAGGAACUAAGGAUCAAGUACCAUCAGAUGAGACGGCAGUACGUGAGGGCCAGGAACGGCGGGGAGCCCUACGAGCACUUCCAGGCGGUUCACGAGUUGAUGCAAGGAAACGGAGGCUCCGAUCUGGAGGAACAGGAACUGGACAGCGACAGCGACUGCGAUGGUGAGGCCGACGAGGACCAGUCCGGCAUGAUCUCGGAAAGCGAAGGAGAUGCUGCCUUUGAUGCCUCCAGUUCGUCGAUAAACAUCGUUCCCCGCUGCAAGUGGGCCGAGGGCGAGGUGGACAUCCUCCUAGACCUGAUACACUCCCUGGGGCUGCGAACGGCUUUGCUGCGGAAGCGCAAUGCCAAGGUCUUUAAGCUGCUGGCCAAGGAGAUGGCAAAGCGCAAUUGCCACAAGGGUGCGGACAAGCUGCGCAUCAAGUUCCAGCUUCUACGACGGAUGUACAACAAGGUCAAGAACGGCACUGGGGAUACGUUCGAGCACUUUGAGGCUAUGCGACAGGUCCUGGAUCCAACCGAAGAGGAAGCGGCCGCAGAGGCCGAAGCGGAGGCCAAUCUCAGCAGCGCCAGCGACAGUGAGUUUAACGACAGUGACGAGGAGGAGGGGGAUGCCUCACAAAAGGGCGGAGCUCAUUUUUGGACAGACGAAGAGGUGGAUUCAUUUCUAUUGACCAUCAGGGACAACAGUUUGAUUCGCGCCUUGGAUGGCUCUAGGAAACGCAACUUUCAGACCCUGGCGCACAUUUCCAAUAUCCUGGCCAAGCAGGCCAUCAAACGCACUCCCCAUCAGCUACGCAACAAGCUGCGAUUGCUCUUCAAGCGGCAUCGCGAGGCCAAGGAGCACGGCUUGGAUAAUGUGCGCAUUUUGCCCCGCCACUUUGAACUCCUCGAGGAACUAAUUCAGGCACCGCUGGAAAACAAAAAGAGCAUCAUCCCAAGACCCAGCCGCCACACCAAACCUGCCUUUUCCAAGCCACCAAGCAAAUCAAAUGUUCCGCUUGAGAGUGACAGCGAAAACUCCAGCUCCACCUGUGAUCUUCUAAGAGCCGCUGCCGACAGCGAAGACUACGAGGAUGCCAUGGAGAUGGAGGAACCAACGCCGAUUGAGGCCCUUUCAGCCAUCAUAGAUGGCCAGAAGCAACUGCUGUCCCAAAUCAAGUCCGCCAACGAGACUUUCCUGCGGCAGCAACGAGAACAGCAGCAGCAGUUCCUGGUCCAAGUAACCGAUGUCAUGCGCCGGGACCGGGAGGAGACUCUACGCUGUAUCAGGGAAAUGCUGCCACCGAAAUAAUUAAAACUCCACUCAAGCUUCUAAAACUUUUAUUGAAUUGAAUUCGAAGUUAUUGCAAAAAGUUUUCAUUAUUUAUAUAUAUUAUAUGUAUGUAUUCUAUA